AUGGAAGUCGCUGACGGUGCAGCCAGCACGCCUGCUGAACUCCCUCAGCCCGACGAUUUGGUGGCGGCGUUGGAGAAGAAUUAUUUCAAAGUCGAAUAUCGCAACGUGGAGCUCAAGAACCAUCGCGACGUGGUCAGCACAGUCGACAAGAAGGAUCUCGCCUCCAUCGCGGACAACACAUGGGUGACUGACGGGGCGAUAGACUUCCACAACGUGUUGCUGACAACUCUCGCCAAGCAGACGCACCCACAUGUGGACAUGUCGAAUUUUGAACUGCUGCUGAAGGACGUUCCCUGUCAUGUCCUCACGGCGAACCACAUCCCUAAGCAAGAGAAUGGUUUUGACUGCGGAGUCUUCAUCUGCCACUACUUGAAAGUUUUGGUCUACUCCGACUUCGCCAACUUGAAGAGUGGCCUGUGGUUCAAAGGGGUCAGCGCGCUGCAGUACCGCCGCAACAUGCGCGCUGAUAUAUGCGCACACGCUAUGGGGGAGUUGCUCCGGAGGCUAGAGGAAGAUGGCGUGGAUGUUCCUUCUCAGGAAAGCGGCACCACCACCAACACGACUUUGAAGGAGGGUGCAGAGGACGGACAACACACAGAGCAAAGACGUGUGGACCGGCUCGAGGCGGAGGUGUGCUCCUUGAAGCGCGAGGUCGGUGCGAUGACUGCAGGAUUCGCCGCAAUUGGGCAGGUGCUUGGGAUGUCGAGGGAGGAGCUGAUCUCUGCCGGCGAAAACAUGCUGCAGAAGCCUGCCUGCGCUGUGCAGGGAGCGGGAGGUAAUGAUCCGCGCAAGCACGGCCCAACCACUCCUGUACGGCCUUCAGGAUACACGAAGCAGCUGAACGACAGCCCUGACGAGGAUCUGGUGGGCUCCAACACGAGAGUGUCGCUCGACAGCAAGUUCGCGUCAGCCGUUGGAGCGUACCCCUGCUUCCCGGCACAUCUGCCGAUCCCCGGGACGGUUCCACACUGGCUGUUGUCGCGCCAGCAGGGAGCUGCGGUUUCACUAGUCCAGCCAUCCUAUCCUGUUUACGGCAUCGCGCAGAGCGGUGCGGGCGCACACCCCGGCUUCACAGCUGUGCCUAAGCAGGAGCCCUUGGCCGGAGUCGAGGAUUCUGACGAGGACGGAGAGGGGGAGACCGAGCCAGGAACAAAGCCGACCAAGUACACCGGGGUGUAUGUGGAGGCCGAUACAGGCAAGUUUGGGGUGAAGGUUGUCGCCAAGGACAAGGACGGAAAGAAGGUAACGAAGAGAGUCGGCGCUUACACCACGAUAGAGGAGGCAGCGUAUUGCUACGCGGCAGCAGCCCACGUGCUGAGGCCAGGCAUGGGCACCAGGAACUCUGUGGCUUUAACACCGGCGGAUAGGGCAGCUUUGAAGGGGUGCACUCCUGAAGUCCUAAAAGUCCUGGUGGAUGCCCGCAUGUGGUGGCGCUGGAGGGUAUGGAGGGAGGCGUACGAAGGUGUGAUGCGGAAGGCAGCGCGGGCCAAGAAGAAUGCAACGCCUGCUAAAAGGGGGAGACCGCGAAAGGAGAGUGGUGCGCAGGGUGGUGGCACGGCAGGAGAGGGUGAAGGAGAGAAGGCUGGAAGUGAGGACACUGAGAUCGUUGCCAUCGAACCAACCAACAGCAGGGCGCUUGGGAGGCUCCGCAGUGCCGAUGCAAAGUCCACGGAUGACAAGACAGAUGAAGCUGGUCGUGGGAGGCAGAAGGAUGGUGCUUGGGAUAUCAUCUCGUAUGCCUAUGAAUCCGUUGGCAUUCCCCUUCCUUCCGCAAUGGAGCUUUUAAACCCUCGAACUUACAUUCUCGUCCACAUUCCCACCACUUCAGAGACUACGGGGGGGGAGACAUCUGACGCUUCUCCCGGCAGAGUAGGCAAGCAAGCGGCGGAGAGUGACUCGCCAGAUUCGCGUUCCAAGAGCGACGUUGAUCCGCGUCUGGCUCUCCGGAAUCGAGGCGAGGACGUUGACGGGGGCGACCAGGCACGCAUCGAGAGCGACGUCAACGCUUUCGAAGAGGAGGAUGACGAGGAUGUGGGCGACGCGAUGCGCGCGAUGUUCGAAACCAACACGAACCGCGAGAACGCUGAUGUCCCAACCAAUGGAGAGGAGGUGCGCGUUUCUGCGGGAGUAUUCAGGAGCCUGCUUAAGUCGCAAGACGAGAGCGCGAAGAAGGUUGCCCGCUUGGAAACCUUGCUUUUGGAGGCACUGGCGAAGUCCGAUGGGGGAUCUCGUCGCCGCAAAGCAGAGCGGCAGAGGGAGCCGGGACAGGGAUGCAUGAACCCAAAGCGCCAGCGUCGUGGCGAGGCUGUGGCUGAGCGACUAUGCGAGUUGGUCCGCGUGCAGCUGUUCCUGAAGAAGCCGGCCGCAACCAUGACUUUCUAUCCGAGCUCUGACGACAAGACUUAUGGCGUCUGCGCAGUGCUUGACCGCCUGCCGCAUAGCUUCGCGUGUCUCGCGCUGGCAGCGGACAAGUCCCGACGGGCGGACCUUAACAAGACGCUGAGCGAGUGGAAGACAAGGGCUGCAGCACGGGUCCGGGACAUUGCGCUCCCGAAGCUUGGAUUCUUCCGGGACGAGCGCGACGAGGCAAGCCCGUGGGCAAGGGACAACGCACGGACGCUGGAGCAGAUUCGCGAGCUCGGAGCGGACGAGAGCGAUGAUCUGGUGUUGAGCAACUGGGCUAACGACCGCGACGGGAUGCCCUUUGCUUCUGCGGCGUUUGCGGCGUGCGCAAAGGCUGCCUUCAUUCCGAAGAAUGCGGCACUGCCGCUCACUUUGAAGGUGUACCACCUUGCGUGGCUAGAGCACGUGGUGUCCGACAGCAUCAUGUACUGGGAGCAGAGGAUGGGCCGUCUCUCUAACUCGGCGGGGGGGAACGGCCACGUGGUGAACGGGCUCAAGGUGCUUGUGAAGGGCUCCGUUUCACAGGCCAUCCGUCACUUCAAUCCAGAGUACGACGAGGAGAAAGAGGAGUGGAUAUGGGGACGCCAUGGCCUCCGCCUUUCUGCAUGUGGGCUUGAGAGCAUGAAGCCCAAUGCAGGCGCUAGCGGAGGAGACGCCGCCGGGAACGAUGUGCAGUCGGUGUCUGUCGGGGGUGUGUAG